UCCUCUUAUUGUAUAUGUUCCACAGAAGAAAGAAAUUCAUACAGGUUUGGGACAACAUAAGGGUAAUUUUAGUUGAAAAUGAGACUUUUUUAUGUUUAGGAUCCAAAACAGAACAUGAAGGGUUCAAAAGUGUGACUUUACCCAUUCCCAUUUUAGUGACAGGUCACAUUUUGCGCUGUGAUGUCAUCAUUGAUCGGAUUGAAAGGAUUAAGAUCGUCACGACUGCUCGACAGCUUUUUACCGACGACCCCCCACUGCAGUUAUCUGUCCAGGCAUUUGACUCUGAAGGAAAUACUUUUAGCUGUCUGGCUGGUUUGAAAUUUAAUUGGCGGCUGGCAACGGAGUCUGAUGCAAGACAGGCAGUGAGGUUUGUGCGGCACCACGAUGCCGGGUACGUUCCCCCACCUCAUAUCCUGUCUCUAGAGGAGGUUGGUCAGAGGGGUGAGAGUGUCCUGCUGUACGGGAUUCACAGUGGCUCAGCACUUAUAAAAGCUUCUUUUCUACACUCUGAACAUAUGGUAUGAAAGCACAUAUAACACUA